AUCUUUUCCGGCGCUGGCUCCGCAUGGUCAGUGCCAUUUCGCCUUUAUCGUGGUGGAGUCCACCCUGGCUGUGGACCUGUUCAAACUCAGUCUGUCUCUUGACUGGAGGAGGAAAAGGAAAAGUCGAGCACAUUGCCAACUGGAAUUCCCCAAGAAUGGCAAGUUAAAACCAAAGUGUCAGCACCUCAGCAACAUUUUUAUUUUGGCUUAACAAAACAUCAAACGGCAUACAAAUGGCAGAAAUCCACAAUGGAGGGGAACUCUGUGACUUUAUGGAAAAUGGAGAAAUCUUCAGUGAACACUCAUGCCUUAAUGCACACAUGGGAACUGAAAAUACAGGGGACACUUAUGACUGUGAUGAGUAUGGAGAAACCUUUCCCAUGUUACACAACAGUGCCCCUACUGGAGAGACACUUUCUGUGUUGAAUCAGUGCAGAAAAGCCUUCAGCCUGCCACCAAAUGUUCACCAGAGAACGUGGAUAGGAGACAAAUCCUUUGAAUACAGUGACUGUGAGGAAGCCUUUGUUGAUCAGUCACAUCUUCAGGCAAAUAGGAUAACUCACAAUGGAGAAACACUCUAUGAACAGAAGCAAUGUGGGAGAGCUUAUACUUACUCCACAAGCCAUGCUGUGUCUGUUAAAAUGCAUACUGUAGAAAAACCCUACGAAUGUAAGGAAUGUGGAAAAUUCUUCAGAUAUUCUUCAUAUCUUAAUAGUCACAUGCGAACGCAUACUGGGGAGAAACCCUAUGAAUGUAAGGAAUGUGGGAAAUGCUUCACUGUUUCUUCACACCUAGUUGAACAUGUAAGAAUUCAUACUGGAGAGAAACCUUAUCAAUGUAAGGAAUGUGGAAGAGCCUUCGCUGGGCGCUCAGGCCUUACUAAACACGUACGAAUACACACUGGAGAGAAGCCCUAUGAAUGUAACGAAUGUGGGAAAGCCUACAAUAGGUUUUAUCUACUAACUGAACAUUUUAAAACUCACACAGAGGAGAAGCCCUUUGAAUGUAAGUUACUUUUUCCACUGAAGACUUGAACCCCUCAGAGUCACCUAUGAAGGUUGGAAUCAACUUCUUCCAAACUCUGGUUAAUGUUGGUUUUUAUUUUUUUAAUUAAAAAAUUUUUUUUAGAGACAAGGUUUCGCUGUGUUGUUCAUGCUGGAGUACAAGUGGGUAUUCACCAGCAUGAUGAGAGCACACUCUAGCCUUGAACUCCUGGCCUCAAGUGAUCCUCCUGCCUAUGCCUCCUGAGUAGCCAAGACUCCAGGAACACACUACCACAGCUGCCUUAAUGUUGAUAUUUUGACCUCCUUCCAUGAAUCAUAAAUGUUGUUAGUGGCAUCUAGAAUGGAGAAUCCUUUCUGCAAGGUCUGCAACUUAAUUUAUCCAGAUCCAUCAGAAGAAGCAUUAUUAGUGGCAGCUAUAGCCUUAUGAAAUGUAUUUCUUAAAUAAUAAGACUUGAAAGUCAGAAUUAUUUCUUAAUCCAUGGGCUGCGGUUAGCAGGCAUGAAAACGCCAAUCUUGUUUAUACCUCCAUAAGAGCUCUUGGUUACUAUGUGCAUUAUCAGCGGUAAUAUUUUGAAAGGAAUCUCUGAACAGUAUAUGUUUUACAGUGGGCUUAAAAUAUUCAGUAAACCAUGCUGUAAAUAGAUGUAAAUAGAUACCACAGGGAAAGUAGAUGUAGCAUAAUUCUUAACUGGCCCUUGGAUUUUUGGAAGGGUAAUUGAAUAUUAGCAUUCAUUUAAAGUCACCAACUGCAUUGGCCUCUAACAAGAAAGCCAGCCCAGGCUGGGAAAAGUGGCUUACACCUGUAAUUCCAGUGCUUUGGGAGGCUGAGGUUGGAGGAUCACUUGAGGUCAAGAGUUCAAGACC